AUGGGCAUCAACUUCUAUCUCAGCUACCAAUGGCUGUGUUGGACGCGGCCAAGUGGGCCGCCUUCCGCUCUGCCAGACGGUAUCGAACGAACGUUUAUCAGGACGCCUGGCGGCGAUAUCGAAUUACUGUGCGCCAGGCCGGCAAGCCCAUCGUCUAGGCCGCCGGUCGUGUUCGCGCACGGAGGCAUGGGCUGCGCAUGGGUCUGGAUCCCAUAUAUGCAAUACCUCGCCCAGAACGGUGUAACAUCAUACGCUGUCUCGACACGCGGUCACGGCGAGAGCUGGCAUCCUAGUUUCCUCCGCAUGCUCUACAUGACGACGAAGAGGAUGUUGGCCGAUGAUUUGCUGGCCGGUAUCCGGGCAGUCGAACAAAAGGAGGGCAGUGAAGUUGUGCUGGUGGGGCACUCCAGCGGUGGCGGCCUCAGCCAGUUUAUCUUGAACGAGGGAGAUGUCAAGGUGAAAGCGCUUGCUUUGCUUGGUGCUGUACCGGGGACUGGCUCGUAUGGUGUGUACUUCAACUGGGCAUGUUUCGACCCGUGGUUCUCCAUCCGCAUGCUCUUCCAUGGCUGGCACUCCAACUCACCUCUGUCGCACCCCUUUCUGACGAAGCGAGCUUUCUUCAGCGAGGAGUACCCAGAGGCGGAUGUCGUGAACUUCCAGCGCCACUUGAAUCGUUACGAGAGCUUUCUCUGGCCUCUUGGAAUGCUUCUUCCCUUCGUCAACGCCCAGAAAUUGCUCAGCAACAUCACCGGCUGGGGCAGCGGGGGUGACCGGGUGCUCAUUAUGGCCGGCACAGGCGAUAAGCUGAUGACAGAACCCGUACAGCGCAAGGCAGCGAAGACGUAUAGGGAUGCCUUUUCAGAGAUGGCCGCCGUAAAAAAAAUCGACGCCGAGGUAAGGGAGCCCGAGAAAGUUAAGGGCGGAUGUGGUCUGGAUGACACCGGUCGAGGUGUCACGCUAGCAUUCGUACCUGGUGCUGGUCAUCAUCUCCAGAACGACGUACAAUGGAAAACUGGAGCGGAAAAGCUGCUUGUAUUUCUAAAGCAACUUUAA